GAACUAAACCUCGCUGACAACAUUAUUGAAAAGAUUGGGAACAACCUUGACUUUAAUGUCAACCUUGAGAUUCUCAGUCUCUCUGGGAACAAGAUCAGCUCCUUUAAGGACCUCACGCUGCUUGCCCACUUGCCCAGUCUGAGAGAGUUAGYGCUGCAGGACCACACGUCCACCCCAAACCCGGUUUGUCUGCUGUCCAAUUAUGCCACACACGUUCUGUACCACGCCCCAGGCCUCCAGCGUCUCGACAGCUACGAUGUGUCCGACAAGCAAGCCAAGGAUGCAGCAGAGUCUGCAGUAAUGAAGAAAAUAAUGUACUACAACAUGCGUGUACGCACUGCUCAGAGGAACCUGGCAGAGACUCAGAUAAGAUUGUUAGAAAAGAAAAAAACUCUAAUGCAGUUACCUGAAGAACGCAUCAAGACUCUCAGUCGCACCCUCAAAAACCUUGAACGAGAGCUGCCCGUGUCUGGUUGUGUGUUGACGGCUGGAUCAGGAGGAAAAUAUUUCCCUGAGGAUGGUUCAACUGAAGAAAGUGACUCAACCACCGACAGUCGUGAUGCUGCCGUGGAGCACAAAAUUCUUCUUAAGGUUGAAUCACUGAGGGAAAGAUUGACCGUCUGGGCAAGAAAGAUGGAUGACAUUGAAGCCUGGUUUGAGCGAGAACUGAUUCAAGCCACGACUCAGAUGGAGUAUAUGGUGCAGUUUUUAUUGAUGGAGCUGGAAAGCGUUGGAAACAUUAAAUUAGAGGAGGGCUACUCCACAGAUACUUGGUUUACUUCUUGUUGCAACCUCCUGCUCUCCCGCUUUUCUCCAUCAGACUUCAGUAGUUUUAACGUCACAGACAUAAAGAUUAAUAAAGUCUUCCGCAUCAACAACAGCGCUUUGAGGCUUCGUUUUGAGGACAAACUUCAGAGUCAUCUUAAAAGCAAAAAAUCCGCUUCAGUUUCACCACAUUGGCUGGAUUACUUGUUCUACAUUGCUGACCCUGAAAAAUGUGAGAAAGAGGGGACUUUGUGUGUUUUAGAGGAAGGCUUUAAAACAACACAGCAACAAAAGACUUUGCAAAGGGAAGAUGCUAUACCUUUAUCCAACUACAUAAACUUAACUGAACAGCCUAGAAUUGAACACAAGCUGCAUCAGGCCGAUGAGUGCAAUCCCAAACAAAGUAAAGACACAGUCCCUUUCAGGCAUGGUCAUGUAAUUGUGUGCAAAGUGUUUGUGGGCAACUGUAUGCCCGUCUGUGAUGAACAGCUGGACAGAACMAGCCACCUCAAUAUCUGCUCUGUGUAUCGUAAUGUGGACGCCAAGCUCAGCUCUGCAACAAAUGACGAGAGACCCAGCGUAGCUACAACGCACACAGAUCCUGAGUGUGUUCACCAACAAAGGCAGUGGUUUGUGUUUGACCAUGAGCUUGUCCUCCCAGAGUACAUUGUGUUUUUUGAAUACAUCACUGCGGAUGACCACUUGAGUCAUUUUGUAGGCAAAGACAAAAGUUUGUCUAAAGAUAUUUUCCGAGACGAAGCCACCCUCAYCAUGGAACCUGUCCUGAAGCCGCGGGUCAGAUUGUUGGGAUUGGAUCAUAAAGUUUUGCUAAGUGUGUCGCGAGCUAACACCCUCAGUCAGAUCACUGUGCUCAACCUUCAUGACAACAGUCUGAGUAAAAUUAAAGAGCUUUCCAGCCUCACAGCACUGAGACAUCUCACAAUCAGCUUCAACAAGUUCACAAGCCUUGAUGACAUUUCCCACAUGCCCAACCUUGAGUUUUUAGAUGCUAGUUUUAACCAAAUAAGGACUCUGGAAGGGCUGCGGGGGUUGAAAAAUCUCAAACAGUUCGAUGUGAGCUGGAAUAAUCUGACCAACGCUAGAGAGGAAACAGCUGUGCUGAGGAAACACACACCUGUUUUACUGAAACUGGACACCAGAUAUAACCCCUGGAACAAGCCAGAAACGGUCAGAUUAACCAUACUAGGCCGCCUCACGGCCCUCACACACCUGGAUGGUGUGCUGGUAACAGAAGAGGAGGCUGCUGAAGCUGCUCUGAUGGUGACUGCAUCCAGGAUUAACCAGGCGAUGCUGUUGGCACACUCUCGUGUCAACAGUGACCGUCCCCGCAGUCUCAGUUUACUGUCCACAGCCCAGGUCCUCUCUCAUUUGAGUUCAUCACCCUGGGGACCUGGUAAAGAACUGGAGCCUGACUGGACCUCAAAGAUCACCUCCUUGAAUUUUGACAAUCAAAGACUUUCCGGGAUUUUUAAUCUGAAUGAGCUGGUUAAUCUGCGCUGGGCAUCUUUUAAUGAUAAUGACAUCUCUAAACUGGAGGGUCUUGAUAGUUGCAUCAAGUUGGAGGAACUUUCAGUAAACAACAACAGCCUCAGCUCAUUCAAAGGCCUGUCAAGACUGCAUCGCCUGAUUAAACUGAGCAUGGAUGGAAAUCAACUUUCCAGUCUGGAUGCCUCAGUUUUGGACAAUCUUCACAAACUGACCUUUCUGUCUGUAACAAACAACUGCAUCACAUCCCUGCAUGGCAUCUGGAAAGUUCGGUCUCUCCUUGAACUCUACAUCGGAGGCAACCAGAUUUCUUCAUCAAGAGACAUCUACUUUCUUAAAGGUUUAGAAAAUCUCAUCAUUCUGGAUCUGUAUGGGAAUCCUUUAGUGACAAAACUGGAAAAUUAUCGAAUAUAUGUCGUGUUUCAACUACCUUCCCUCAAAGCUCUGGAUGGAACUGCAGUGGAUCAAAAUGAAAGUGUGAGUGCAAACAGUAUGUUUAGAGGAAGACUCAMCGCUGAUGCAGUAGCACAGAAUCUUGGCCACUCAAAUUAUGCAGACAUCACAAGUUUAUCUCUGCAGUCUUGCUCUCUUAGGAUCGUGGAUCUGUCUCCAGCAGACCAGUUUUGCAAUCUGCUCUGCGUCAACCUAGAAAACAACAAUCUGACCUCCUUCUCUGGCCUUAUCCACCUGCCAAACAUCAAAACUCUGUGUUUAAACCACAACCACAUUGAGUCCAUUCUGCCCAGGCACAAAACUCAGGCUCACCUGACAAACAGACAGAUACUUCACAACAAAGUCCACUCCAGUGGCUAUGGCCAGCAGAGCUCAUACAGGGAUACUGGGCCCACCGUCAGCCUGGAGCCACUGAUGGGAAGCCUGGAAGUGCUUCAUUUGAGUCACAAUGGCAUCUCCAACAUGGCCAAUCUGCAGCUCAGCAGGCUCACCAAUCUUAAAGCACUCUUCCUCCAAGGCAAUGAGAUCCGGCAUGUGGAGGGCUUGGAAGGUCUUCACCAGCUCAGAGAACUCGUUUUAGACAAAAACAGGAUCAAAACUUUGGCUAAAAACACCUUUACAGCCCAGAGUGUUCUACUAGAACUGCACCUUGCAGAGAACCGAAUCCAGGAGUUAAAUCAUCUUGAUCCUCUGGCUGAUCUCCGCAAGCUCUUUCUCGACUCAAACAAGCUGCAGGACAUCGCAGAGCUCAACAAAUUAGAAGUUCUUCCCUCGCUGGUGGAGCUUUCUGUGCUCGGCAAUCCAGUUGCUCUACAUUCUCUCCACAGACCAUACAUAGUGCUACGGCUAAAUCAGUUGCAGAUCUUGGAUGGAGCGGUAGUCACUUUGGAGGAACGAACCAGGGCUGAGCUCCUCGAGGAAGAGUUAUUUCUGGAAAGCUAUCAGCACCCUGGAUCAUCUCUCUCUACCACUGAAAUUAACUUGCCUGGACUGAUAAGAGGAAUACGUUUAUAUGGAGGAUUACCAAAUUGGAUGCAUGAUACCCAGACAGUAAACGCAGAUGAGAAGCAAUACACAGACAAAUACAAGAUGCAUAAGAACAGUAAUAUUUCUCAAAUCAGUCAACCAAUCAUUAACUUCAGACCAAGCCGAAACACAGGAAUCAACCUGCCAACAAUGGGAGCUCCAUCUAAUGAGAACAGAAAUGCCAAUGCCUUUUCCAAAAAGGAGCAAGAUUGCAGAUUCCCAUAUGGUGGCAAACCUCCACCCAUGUAGCAGUGGGAGGAGAUGGAGCAGGGUGAGAUCAGAACCACAGGUAGUAAUUCAUCAGUUGGAAGGGGACGUGUGUACUUCAGUUUUGUAUCCCCUGCCCUCGCUCAAAGUCCAAGGCCACAGCCAGCUCCACGCAGGAAAAAUAAAAAGCUCUCCUCAAACAAGCUUCUCUAAUGCAUGUACUUAACUUCACUUAAUUUGUUUUAAUUCCCAGCAUUAACGGGGCUAAUGACUUCGCAAGUGAGUGCACUGCCAUUACCUUUCUCUGCCUGACAUCAAAUGGCAGCUGAUGGACUCAGGACACAGAUUUGGGGGCUCAGUGUGAGUGCUCUAAUGCAUUAGGUAUUGCAGGGGAUAAUUACACAUUCCAUAUUUGUGUACAGUAUGUGCGCCAUGGAUGUUAUAAAUAUAACUACUUCUAAUUCUGUUGUGGGAGAUGUAAGCUUAUAGUGAACAUACCACUAUGUUGCAUGUCUGCUUAUCUGUCAGUAUUUCUUACAUUAAAAAUGACAUUAGCAUAAAAAAAUGUGAAUAAUUCAUCACCUUUGAGUGAACCAAGAUGCACUGCUCUCUGUGUCUUCCUCCCUCUCCUUUUUCCGCCACGUGAGUGAACCACAUGGCUCGUAGCUGGUUUAAUGGGAUGGAAUGUGACAGGUUAUGUUUUCAUCGGCCUGAUAUGGAGCGUGGCUCGGGCAGCAGGGACCGAAAGGGAGAAGACGAGACAGCGUGAGGGGGAAGCGAGUCAGUCUCUACACUUGUAAUCUAGAUUUAUAAUUAGAGAUGUUUGUGGCUGUUGCAAAUCAGUUAUAGAUGAUGCUCCUCUCCCCUGGUAGACUUCUCACAACACACACAUACUAAGAAACACAUGCGCUGUAUGGGGUCAUUACUGCUGGUCCAAUAACUCUCUGCAUUUGCUGUGUCUGUGCAUUCAGACUACCAUUAGUUCAAGACUCUGUGAGUAAUUGCUGAACAGAGCAUGUUUUCAUUGCUAUGUGCUCAGGUUCCAGUUUUAGGAGUGAAUAAGAGGUGUAACAACACUAAAUCUGGUGAUAAAGUUAACACUUAUUAUUGUGCAAUCCUUAUAGUGCUGCAUGUGCAAUGGGCAUCUUUAUUUUCUACUAUACAAGCACKUUGAUAGAGGCCACAAUGUCAUCAUCACUUGUAAAAGGAAUUGUUUGGCUGCUGCUGAUCCUCUGCAAGUCAUCAACAAAAUCUAAAUUGUUUUGUCUCUGAAAGCUACAUAUUAUGCCCUAAGUUUAUUCUCACAAAUACAUCCUGUUUUGCCAUAUUGCUUCUUUUGAAGUCUGUCAUUGAAUUAUUGCUGUCGCCUGUCAUUUUCCUGUAAUUUGUUUCCUGUGGAAUAAAGAGCGACUGGAGACGGACAAUUAGGAUGAAAAGGAAAAUGCUUGUAUUUUGUGUAGACAUUUUGGAUGAGAGCAAACCUCAUAGAAAAAUAAAAUCUAAACUACUUUUCA